AUCACUGACCACCUUCCCCAGCAACGUCACCGCCCACUGUAGGCGCAAUUUAGCCUGAAUAGCGGAGAAACGCUUUGAACAUUGUUACAGUUCUGCGCCAACUCCGGUCGGUAGGUUCUCGUUUCGUUCGGUGUCAGUGAAGCGGUCAGUCUGCGGUCUGGCAUGUCUCCUUAGCGGGUCUGAGCGGACACUGGAAGCGGACAAAGAGGAAUGCAUCCCCGGAGCGCUGAACCUGUUCCCUCCCGUCCAGCACAAAGCCUGUGAAGCAGGCCGUGUUUCUCCUCAUAGCGACAGGCAGAUGAUGCUCAAACAUGUCGGGGAAUCAUUUCAAAGGCCACGAAGUCAGCUGCUGCAUCAAAUACUUUAUUUUCGGCUUCAACAUCCUGUUCUGGCUGCUGGGCAUGGCCUUAGUUGGGAUUGGACUGUGGGCAUGGAGUGAGAAGGGGGUCCUGUCCAAUAUCUCAUCCAUUACUGACCUGGGGGGUCUGGACCCUGUGUGGCUCUUCAUGGUGGUUGGAGGGGUUAUGUUCAUUCUGGGCUUUGCUGGCUGCAUUGGAGCGCUUCGGGAAAAUACAUUUUUGCUGAAGUUUUUCUCCGUGUUUCUGGGAAUCAUCUUUUUCCUGGAGCUAACAACAGGAGUUCUGGCCUUUGUUUUUAAGGACUGGAUUAAGGACCAGCUUAACCUGUUCAUCAACAACAACAUCCGGGCAUAUAGGGACGACAUCGACCUACAGAACCUCAUUGAUUUCACUCAGGAAUAUUGGGAGUGCUGUGGCGCGUUUGGAGCAGACGACUGGAACCUGAACAUCUACUUUAACUGCACUGAUGGGAACCCCAGUCGGGAAAAGUGUGGCGUUCCCUUCUCCUGCUGCACCAAGGACCCAGCGGAGGAUGUGAUAAACACUCAGUGUGGCUAUGACAUCAGAGCAAAACCAGACUCUGAGCAGAAGGAUUACAUCAACGUGAAAGGCUGCGUGCCUCAGUUUGAGAAGUGGUUCCAGGACAACCUCACCUUGGUGGCUGGGAUCUUCAUCGGAGUGGCAUUAUUGCAGAUUUUUGGGAUUUGUUUGGCCCAGAACUUGGUGAGUGACAUCGAGGCAGUGAGGGCGAGCUGGGUGCCCCCCCCUCUGUCCAUGCGUCGACCCCCACCAUACACCUGCAAGAAAUCAUCGGCUUACUACUCAUGAGACAGGCACGCACAGAAUUUUCUUCACCUAAUGCUGACGGAGCUUCUCUCUAACGGCUUUAGUUCGGAACGUGCCCCCCUCAGUACUGUCAGCGAGCACCGUCGGAGAACGUCAACGAUCACCUCCCCGUUUCCUACCCUGAACCAGCACUUUUUUAAAGGCACUAAAUAUGUGAGGUUUUGUAUAUACCCACUGUGUGACUACUGAACAAAGAAGGUGGACAAGGACAAGAUGAAGAUAGCUGCAGUGUUCCACUUUUAAUAGCUGCACUUAGCGGGCUUCAAUGCAUCCUUUUAAAACAAGCUCAGUAUUUUUCACUGCGGAAGCUUUGGCCCACAUAGAGAAGACCAUUUGUUUAAGCUUCCACCAUAUGUGCUGAAUAGAGCUGCUGCAGAGAAGAGCAGCUGUUCUUACCAUUGUUCCUGGCCCUAACAUUGUUCACUGAGAGGGUCAAACAGGGUGGAAAUAAUUUAGAUUUGUUCUCAAACAGAAGUAACAUGAAGUUGUUGCUCUACUAAUGCAGUAAAGAGAUGCUGAUAAAAUACAAUUACUGACCAAAACAAGGUAAGCAUCAAGUUAAAUCCCCAUGAGGAAUGUAAUUUUGUUCACAUGCAGACCAGUGAUAGUUUUACAAGGAGGUGGCAUGUUUAGAACAUGGUGGCGACACCAUGAGUUGAGCAGCAGUAUUACAGGCAGUUGCUGGAGCUUUCGACACCUUUACAAGAGGCUGACAGUUUAAUGCAGGUUCCCUAUUCUAGUCUGCAAAGAAUCUGGGAGAAUGUACUCACCAUGGUGGAGCCAGUAGUGUUUUCUUUACCACUUUCAGAUCCUUUCUGCUCAGGGGCUUGUCUGUUGCACAAAUAUGUCAUCAUGCCAACUGUCAGUCUCCAAAUCCCAUUGGACCUAGAGGCCAUGAAGGGCAGAGAGACCAUCCAUCUUGUCUGAUGGUUUCUUCUUUUGUUGACACCAAAGCUGGCUGGUGGAUGUGGGUGACUUCUCUGUACCGUGUAAUCAAAUCCAGUUAAAGGUUAGGUGGCAUUAUAAAAAGAAAAGAAUAGAAAUAUCCUUUAUUGUCCUGGAGUGGGGACAUUCAGGUGUGUCAGCAGCAAAGUGAAAGCGUGUAGGUGCUCACAAAUGUAACAAUCUAUAAAGAAAUUUUUUUUAAAGUAGACCGCAGAAAGGGGAAAAAACAAUACGAAAAAUAAAUACUCUACAGUUAUUAAAAAUGACAAAUUUUUACAAAAUGUACAAUUGUAAAUGUGAAUAAGAAAAUAAGAAAAAAGUGCAAAUAACAGCAGGGGUGUAAACACUUUCUAACAGCUGCUGGGAGGAAGGGUCUGUGAUAACGCUCCUGUGUGCACCUAGGAUGCAGCAGUCUUUCAUUAAAGGAGCUCUUCAGUUCUGCAACAGCUUCAUGCAUGGGAUGGGAGAUGUUGUCCAACAGUCAUGUUAUCUUUACAGUCCUUUUUGUCUUCCACCACCUGCACUGUGUCCUGGGGUCAUCCUAGGACAGAGCUAGCCUUCCAUCUAAAUGUGAAAUGUGUGACAUUUUGUUCUAGCCAAACUAACAAACAGAUCAUUUUUGAUCUUCUUCCAAGUUGAUCAUUUACAAAUAAUCUGCCAUUUCAUAUGUAAUGGCAUACAUUAUAUUAGUAAAACAGUCUUUGUUCAGAUGUGGCAGAAGAGCAGUGCAUUUAGGGGGUGCCGUUGGCAUUAAGGUCCUGGUCAGCUCUCAGUCUCGUCUUAACGGAAGGAUGUUGGCGGUCAGCAUCUCAAGUAUAUCCACUUUAUUUCAGUGAUGUUGCCAUGGAAACAGCCACAACAACAACACAACAGAGUCUGACUGCCGUGUGGGUACUUGUUGCUGUAAAUGAUCCAUCUUGUCAUCCAGAGCAGAAGGACUAGCAGGAGAACCUUGUCAUUAUAUAUUGUUUGCUGCAGGGCCUCACUGAACCAUCCUCAGCCUCCAUCACCAAGCACACCACAUUGCGAGCAUCCUUUUACUUGGUCAGUUUGUUUAUGUGGGGGCCUCUCCAACAGGUAGCCUUUCCUUUACUACAAGCUGUUACAACAUUAAAUAUAUCCUCAACUCCCAUUAAAAAUUGGAGGGGGAAAAGCCUCCAUUGUUUCACAUGGAGGCCAACAUAAAUGUACUUUUCCAGCCUUACAAGAUCUUGUUGGUUGUAACUGCAGAGGAAGCAGGGUAGAUAUUUAGAAGAAGUCAGGUUAUCUUUGUUGAUCUUAAGGAAAUGUUCCUUAGAAGUGGAAAGACUCUGGCCCUUUAAACACAGGGGUACCUGGUAUAUCAGCAAGGCAAUGUAUCGAUCAUUGGUCUGCAUGUGCCCCUAAUGACAUCCCAACCAGACCGGGGUCCUCGUGUAUAAGUGCCAGACGCCAUAGAAUGUGAGCAUUUGGCCUCUCUAGUCGGCUAUGACAAGACGAUCUUGGAGUUGAAGAUGCUGGAUAUUGAAGUCCUGGGCUGGUGUGGUUUUACACGUGGUCUGUGGUUGUGAGGCCGGUUGGAUGUACUGCCAAAUUCUCUGAAACACCUGUAGAGACGGCUUAUGGUAGAGAAAUGAGCAUUCAAUUCACGGGCAACAGUUCUGGUGGACAUUCCUGCAGACAGCAUGCCAACUGUACGCUCCCUCUAAACUUGCGACAUCUGUGGCAUUGUGCUGUGUAACAAACCCACACAUUUUAGAGUGGCCUUUUAUUGUGGCAGCCUAAGGUACACUAGUGAAAUAAUCAUGCUGCUGAAUCAGCAUCUUGAUAUGCCACACCUGUGAAGUGGCUGGAUUAUCUCAGCAAAGAAGAAAUGCUCACUUUCACAGAUUUAGACAGAUUUGUGAAGAAUAGUUGAAACAGACGUUUGUUAGCGUAGAAACAGUCUUAGAUCUUUGGGUUCAGCUCAUGGGUUAUGGGAGCAACAACAAGUGUUCUGUUCAUAUUUUUAUCCAGUGUAUAUGACAUCAGUCUACAAUGACGAUGACCAGGACUAGAUGUGAUUUACUGCACCGCAGCACAAUGUUGGUGAAAAGCAACAUUGUGGAACAGUGUGUUGCAACAUGCCUCAUUUAGGAACAUCUUCAAGUCACAUAAACAAAAACUUCACUUGUGCAGACAUGAUUUCAGAUUGUAGGUCCAUGCAGGGCUUAUUUACAUCUAUUUAUGGUCUGAUACUCCCUCCUUUGUGCUUUUUUCCACAGUUAUGGGGAUGUACAAAAGAAAAGGGCACCCCUGGUUUCAUGCUUUAGUUGGAAAUCCCAGGAAGUCUUUGUACAUAAGCCCCCAGUUCCUUUUGGGGCUGAAGUGCUUUUAUUGAUGACAUAAACUGUUAGGUGUUAUCAUGUUCUGUUUGGGUUACAGCUCUUCAGCAUCUUGACUGACAGUACAUCCAGGGGCUGGUCCAGAAGGUUUGGAGAGCCUUUUAUUCCCCAUCUUUUUAAAAUGUAAAUAAAGUCAUCACACAGAAUGUAUGUAAGUGUACAGCCCAUCCUGAUCUUUGCUAAUGUUUUUACUGAACAGCUUCAGUGAAGCAGAGAACGUGGGUCAACAGAAGAGUUGUUUUUAUAAAUUGAGGAAAUUCAAAUUUUUCUGACCAUGUUCAGUGUUUCACAUGACAGCGUUUGUGCACUCCAGUAAAAUAUUGUGGCACUUUUUCCCCGUGAUGGUCGUUAUGUAUUCAGAAGCAGAUCUCAUCACUGUACGUGAGACGGAGUGAAAUCAACUGAAAGGUGUUUCUGUGGAGAUUUUCUAGGUGUUUAAGGUGGAUUUAUGCUCUAAGCAUGCAUUUGUAGCAAACUGUAGAGUAUUUUUUCAAGCAGUGGUCUUUGUUGUAAAAUGAUAUAUCCUGGGUAAGUGUGACGCUACUGAUAAAGGAACGGAUACUGUUUUUGAUACAAAAUAUUUAUUGUACAUUGAACGUGAUUUUCUAACUCUAAAACAUUUAGUACCACUGAAAGGGAACCUGUCACUCUUGUGUAAAAGUACUUGUCACCAUAUGGAUCACCUGCACUAUACAUCCCACCUACAUUUGUUGUGUAACUACCUCCUCGUGUCCCGUUAACAUUUUAUCAUCUAGUAAAAUGACCUGACUGAGAAAUA